AUGGCGCACUCCGUAUAGCUGAAGUAUCACGGGGCUGUGAAUAUAACACUUUUUUACCGCAUAAUCUAAUACGUUACUCAGCUGUAACAUUUUAAAUCUGUGCGACACACUACUGAAAAUAUGUUUGUUAAAGAGGAGCCUGAAGACACGAGUUAUCCAGAACCAUGCGGAAUCAAAACAGAAGAUACAGAUGCACAAGAAGAAGUGAAGGAGGAAAGUCAAGAACUGAAGGAAGAGGAGACGCCUCAGUAUCAGAAACCUCAUACUUUCAAACAUGAAGAAGCAUCUUUUAGCCGCACACAGACUGACAGGAAUUCAUCACACAAUAUUAUAGGAGCUAAUAAUUAUUUAAUGUGCCCGCAGUGUGGAAAGUUUUACAAAUAUAAAGCACUUCUUGAUAUUCACAUGAGACUUCACACUGGAGAAAAGCCUUUCACGUGCCAAAACUGCGGGAAGAGUUUCACGCGUAAAGAAUCCUUAAAAGCACACAUGAGAGUUCAUACUGGAGAAAAGCCGUUCACGUGCCAUCAGUGUGGGAAGAGUUUUACACGUAAAGAUUCCUUAAACACGCACAUAAGAGUUCACAACGGAGAAAAGCCAUUCGCAUGCCAUCACUGUGGAAAGAGUUUCCCGUGUAAAAAAAGACUCAAUUUCCACAUUAACGGUCACGAGAAAACUGAAGAGAAGGCUUUUACAUGCCAAAAGUGUGGGAAGAGCUUCACACGUAAAUCCAACUUGAAUACGCACAUGAGAGUUCACACUGGAGAGACGCCGUUCACGUGUCAUCAAUGCGGAAAGGGUUUCACGUAUAAAGAAACUUUUAAUACACACAUGGCAAAUCACACCGGAGAAAAGCCGUUCACGUGUCAUCAAUGUGGGAGAAGUUACGCCAUUAAAAAAAGCCUAAAUUUGCACAUAAGAGUUCAUUCGACAGUCAAACGUUUCAUCUGCUCUCUGUGUGGAAAAGAUUUCAAAAUCAAAGAAACCUUAAAUCGUCACAUACGGAUUCACACAGGAGAAAAGCCUUACAUGUGCACCCAGUGCGGAAAGAGUUUCACACGUAAAGAUACUUUUAAUAAACAUGUGAGAUUUCACACUGAAGAGGAGACGUUACACUCAAGUUACUCAUGUAAACAACGCCUAAAUUUGCACAUUAGAAGUCAUGCAACAGUGCAUCCUUUCACCUGCCCUCAGUGUGGAAAAGGUUUCAAAACCCAAGAAACCUUAAAUCGGCACAUAAAAAUUCACACCAGAGAGAAGCCGUUCACAUGCCGUCAGUGCUUGCACAUAAGUUAUCCGUGUAAACUGUACCUUACUAGACACGUGAGAUUUCAUACGCCACCGUUCACCUGCCAUCGGUGCGGGAGAAGUUUCACAGUGAAAAGAUGUUUUGUUUGUCACAUGCGAGGUCACAGUGAAGAGAAGCCAUUCACAUGCCUUCAGUGUGGAAAGAGUUUUACGAACAAAGAUGUUUUUAAUAUGCACAUAAGAAUACACAAUAGAGACAAGCCGUUCACAUGGCAUCAAGGUGGAAAGAGUUUCAUGCACAAGACAACCUUUAAAACAUACACAUCUAUUAACAGUAAAGUGUUUUGAUGACAUUACCCAGCAAGCAAAAACCAAGACGUUGAAAUGACGGCUAACUAUAGACCCAAUAUAGACCGGCUAUGAGUAACCCACUUCUACCCUAAAUUGCCUUGAAUUUGGUUACAUGCCAUUUUGGCCAAAAUUACUUGAAGAUGUAUGAUAUUCCAACAUGUAGGCAAAGUCAACAGGUGUUCAAGGUGUUUCCUUUCAUUUGUUUUAAACUUAUACAUAUCGUCUAGUCUUGGGCUAUGGUAGACGUCUAUUAGAUUUUCACUGACAGCCCAAAUUUCUUCUGUUGAAUUUAAGCCCUGAAUUUCUUUCAUUUACUGAAUGUUAAAAAAAUAAUAAUUUGUAUUUUUAUGUCAAAUUAUCCGUUUUUUUAUGUGGUAUGUAGACCUCUCACUUUCAGGAUUCGAAUUACUUAUUUGCUUGGAAAAAGAUUCCAUUGCCGAAGUAUGGGAACACUGAAUGUGCAAAUUUACACAUAAAUACAAAUGUGACCCUGCACCACAAAACCAGUCAUAAAGGUCAAUUUGUUUUACAUUAAGAUUUACAUAUUAGCUUAAGGUAAGCUUUCCAUUGAUUUAUGGUUUAAUAGGAUAGGACAAUAUUUGUCCGAGAGACAACUAUUUAAAAUCUGGAAAUUGAGGGUGCAAAAAUUCUAAAUAUUGAGAAAAUCGCCUUUAAAGUUGUCCAAAUAAAGUCGUUAGCAACACAUAUUAUUGAUGAUAAAUAACUUUUUUUGAUAUAUUUACACUGUAAAAAAAUGCUGUUAUUAUGCAGAUGGUUGCCAGUAACUUACUGUAGAAGAUAAAGACUGAAAAUGUUUCAUGUUCAUUUAACUUUGAACAAACUGUUGUCAGUAAAUAACAUACAUGUAAAAUCUACAGUACUGUAAUUUCUACAGAAUUUUUUUACAGUGUAUGGUAGGAAAUUUACUAAAUAUUUUCAUUGAACAUGAUCUUUAUUUAAUAUCCUAAAGAUCUUUGGCAUAAAAAAUAGAUAUUUUUGACCCGUUUUGACUGUUUAAUUUUGACUAUUGCUGCAAAUAUGCUGUUCUACUGAUCACUGGUUUUGUGGUCCAUGGUUAAAAUUUUUUAUUACGAAGUAUGUGAAAAUGAAUGUUGGGUGAGUGAAUAAACCGUAAAAUAAAUGUACUAAUAGAAUUACAGCAUCUUGUCAUGAUUUUAUACAUUUGUGUAUUUGGCAGAGGCUUUAUGCGAUUAAAAGCAACA